GAAAAAAGUGCAUUUGCACUAAGUAGAACUGAAAAAUAGAGAUGCUUUUCAGUCUAAUCUUUCAGUUUAUAGUAAGAGUUGUAAGUAUGACAGGUGCAAAAAUAUCACCAGUAUUACUGCCAAAAAUUGUAUCCAAACAAAUAUUUGUUGGAAGGGCAGAAGAAACCCAGGCAGAAAUAAGUUUUCAACCCUUUACUUGCUCUCCUUUCCCAAGAUUUCUCUGAGAUAUACCCCAUCCGCUGAAUCCCUGAGGUACGUGGUUCCCGGGAGUGCAAAGCUGGGCCACGCUGCUCCUUCAGGACCUCACCGAACCGGGCUUGCAUGGGCCACUGCUUGCAGCGUCCCUGGGCCGGGAAGAAGGGACCUCAUGGUACAGGUUCAAUAGCCCUCCCAGAUUAACUCAGUAUCACAAACUGAUAUUAAAAUUGUGUUUAAAAAUUGUGCACGUUAUAGAAUGACAAGGAACCCAUUGCAACUGAUGCAGUAGAAAGCGAGAUAGAAAAGGAACAUUGGAAAGAAAGUGAUUAAAGUACCGGCCGAAUGCAGAUAUGAACAAUGACCAUAGUUAACAAGCCAAAAUCUUCAAAAUCUAAAAAGUCGUCCUCCAGACGGUCUGGCAAAUCAAAGAAACCCCGUACUAAAAAAAUGAAGUCACGCACCGCCAGUUGGGGUCGGGUACCACCUGCAGAAGAUCCAAACCAAGUCUCCGUGGACCAAGGACCUGGAGGUGCUAUUUAUUGUAGAUCAUCUGAAAAAUCUAAACCUUUUGCCCAAAGAGAUCUAGUCGUUAAUGACGGAAUUGCUCCGCCGCAAAGGAUUCUUUUUCCGCCUGAGAAGAUUUGUAUGGAUUGGCAGCAAACACAAAGUGUUGGAGUUGGACUCUACAACCUUGGCAAUACCUGUUUCCUCAAUUCUGCUUUACAAUGUUUGACUUACACACCCCCUCUCGCCAAUUACAUGCUUUCUCUUGAGCACACCCAAUCAUGUCGUGAGCAAGGCUUCUGCAUGAUGUGCACAAUGGAAACUCACAUUAACCAGGUCCUGUGUUGCUCUGAUGAUGCCAUCAAACCUACACCUGUCAUCAAUGACCUUAGACGAAUAGGAAAACAUUUCCGUUUUGGCAGUCAGGAAGAUGCACAUGAAUUCUUACGCUACACCGUUGAUGCUAUGCAGAAAGCGUGUUUGAAUGGAAGUACCAAAUUAGACAGAUCUUCUCAAGCUACCACAGUCAUUCAUCAAAUAUUUGGAGGAUUUCUAAGAUCCAGAGUAAAGUGCUUGAACUGCAAAGCAGUUUCGGAUACCUAUGAGGCAUUCCUUGAUAUUACUUUGGAUAUUAAGGCAGCUUCAUCUGUCACCAGAGCUCUAGAACAAUUUGUGAAACCUGAACAGCUGGAUGGUGAAAAUUGCUAUAAAUGUAGCAAGUGUAAAAAGAUGGUUCCUGCAUCAAAGCGGUUUACAAUACAUCGUUCUUCCAAUGUUCUCACAAUAUCCCUGAAAAGAUUUGCAAAUUUCACUGGUGGAAAGAUCAACAAGGAUGUAAAAUAUCCUGAAUAUUUGGAUCUUCGAGCAUAUAUGUCUCAGUCAAUUGGAGAACCACUGCUCUAUGCCUUAUAUGCAGUCCUGGUACAUAGUGGUGUUAACUGUCAUGCAGGACACUAUUUCUGCUACAUAAAGGCUGGUAAUGGACUUUGGUACCAGAUGAAUGAUGCCUCUGUAGUCCUUUGUGACAUCAAAACAGUUCUCAGUCAGCAAGCUUAUUUGCUUUUUUAUAUCAGGCGCUAUGAUUUGACGCUUGGAGAACGUGCUUUUUACUUACCAGCACCGUCUUACCCUCGUUCAUUCCUUGGUCAGCGGGGGACUAACAAUAAGCAGACCGGAUUUAUGGGACCACGGCUUCCUCCUCACAUGAUUAAGAAUUCAAGUCGUUUAAAUGGAAAUGGAUCUCUAAAAGAGGAUCCCAAUACCGUUGGUGUCACCCUGAAAAGGCCAUCUUCAGCUCCCCCAACAGCUUGCGUUCAAAACUGGGCAAUUACCAGGCCUUCAAUUACUGAUCCCUCAAAAAAACAGAAGAUCACUAUCAGUAUUCACAAUAAAUUGCCUGCACGUCAGACUGUGUCGCAGCCUGACUCUCUUAGCAGUGCUGUGGAGGAUGAGGAUCUAAGCAAGCCUGUUCCUUCAUCCACAAUUACAAAUUCUUCUGCAGCAGAGUCUACCUCAAAUGCAUCUACAAUGUCAGUUGCUACUAACAUUUCCAAACAAGAAGUUCCUGAUGAAAUUUUUGUCGAGCCAGCAGUGAAUGGAAAUCCUAAACUCAGCUCUGAUAACACAGUCCCUUACGGUGCAGAAUCUUCAGGAAAAUCUGAGGAGGAGUCGAAGGGCUUAUUUAAAAGGAAUUGCAACGUAGUAUCUUCUAAUGGAAUUUUGAUUGGAAAGGUAGUCCGUACAUUGCAGAAUUCCCAUUCUUCCUGUCAGAAUGCUGAAGAAGAAAGAUCCCAGCAUGAGCUGCCAAAAAAUGAUUCAUUAAAUGGUGCUAUUAGUUUAGAUAAUGAAUCUAAAGAAAAUGGACUGAAACUUGAUGAUUCCACUUGCCAAGUACAACCUGUUAAACCUUCAGAGAUUUUCUUUUCUAAAACAAAUGGAUUGCUUGAAACAAUGCCUAUAGCUUUGCCUCCAGUCCCUCAAGAAAUCAUCUUAGAAUCCCUCACAUACAGCCAGUUGAACAGCUUGUCAGAGGAAAUAAGUGUCCCUGGACCUCAAAAAUCUUCUGAGAAUGAUGCUCUUAUGGAAACUGUAGUGAUGGAAGCACUGUUUGUUUAUGAAGAAUCCAGGAAGGUUCCUUCUGACUUUAACUGUGAGGUCGAGAAUCUUUUUGUUCAAUCAGAUUCUGAAACCGUUUCUACCAAAGAAGAAGUUGCUGAAAGUAUUGUAACAAAAGCUGAUAAUGCACAUCCCAAUAUCAAUGGCCAGCACAAGGUCCGGAAAAGAUCCUUGGACGCUGAGGAUGAAUUCCUUGGGCAGUGUGUGUCUGAAGAGAGUGCAGACAAAGACAAACCAAGAAGAUCAAAAGAAUCUGAACUCAUUUCAAAAGAAAAUCCUUUGUACAUCAAAGGGUCUCCUGUGACUGAAGAGAAAUUAGGGCAAACUUCCUCUAUAAAGUCUGACAUUGAAUGUAGUUCUAAAAAACUUGCAUCUCUAGAUAUUACAGACAAAUGCCAAGAUACAAAAGACAUUUCUAAUAACUAUAUAGAAGUACCGCCUGUUAAUGACUCUUCAAUUACAAAGCUGGAUAAAGUUUUGGAGAGUCAAUUUUCUAGAGAAAGCGAGGGACUGAGUAAUAAAAAAUGUGAAGAAUACAAGCAUAGGAAAAAAUAUAAGAAAAAAAUAUAUGACUCUAAAAAAACUGACAAAGAGCACUACCGAAGGAAGAGAGAACACUCUGACACUGAAGAGAGGGAGAAGCAAAACAGAAGCAAAACAGAUGGUCAUUCUCACAAGAGGAGGUGCUCUCGCAGUGUGGAAACAAAUAAGCAAAAUCGUCAUAAGCAGGAGUACUGCAACGGAAGCAAGUACAGAUCUUCCCAUAAUGAAAGAAACAGCCCUGAUAAUGGCAGAAGCUCAGGAAAAUAUCCUCGCUACAGAUCCCGAAGCAGAGGGAGAACAGAACAAGACAGAAAUAGGUAUUAUCAUUCCAAAGGGGAGCGAACUUGGAGCAGAGAAAGAUACUAUCAGGAUGAACCACGGAGAUGGGAAAAAUGUAGAUACUACAACGAUUACUAUUCCUCUCAUGCAACGAGAGAUGGUAGAGAGAGAAAGUUCUCUCAUUGUGAUAAAGACUUUGACAAAUCGAGUCAAGCUUACAACAACAGGUCACAUAAGGAUUAUCAUUACAAAAGCAGAUGGCUUCACAAUUCACUCUCUCGAGAGGAAGAUGUGCAUCACUUUAGCAGUCACAGAGCAGACUCGCAUCAUUGUUCAGUACCUCAGCAGCAAUCUGAAAAAUAUUCUCGUGAAAGACAUGCACUUCCACCCAUGUCAGUUCAUUCAAAUUUUGAGGACUCCUCCCAGAAUGAUGAAAAAGAAAGAAACAGAAAAAGAAAAUAUUCCCGUGCAGAGGGGAGUGAAAGCGAAAUAGAAAAGAAACGCAGAAAGAUAGAAAAAGAGCUUUCAGGUGAUCAAAAAUUGAAAAAAUACAAGAAGGUCAAGAAGAAAAAGAAGUCCAAAGAUAAACAUCGAGAGAAGGAUUACAAACUUUAUGAUUUGGAUUUCUCUGUGCUCCACUUUGACAAUGACAAUCGCAAACGUAAGAAAAAGAAGAAAAAGAAGAAACACAUCAGGAAACUGAAAGGCUUCUUGGAAUACUUAGAUCCUCGUUUCCAGAAAAAAACACGGGAGAAGAAGGAAGAAUCCCGUCCUCCAGAUGGCUAUUUAUGUGAGCAAUACAGAAACCAGGGCAGUAAACAACUCCACAAGGAAGGGAAGCCUUCCAGUGCAGGUGAAAGCAAGAAAUACAGUUCCAUCACAUCCAGCGAGUAUAUGAAAGAUAUAGAUCUGCCUUCUCCUAAGCACACUGAAUUUGCAGUUAUUAACCCUCCAGAGGACGCUUUGCAAUUUAACACCUGGAGAAUAACUGAAGUAAUCCCUGAAGAAGACAGCUCACUAUCCAAAGAUGCAGAGCUUACUGAUGGAAGCCUUCAAUACUCAAACUAAAUCUACCAUCAAACCCAACAACUUAUUUACCAUCAAACCCAACAACUUAUUUACCAUCAAAACCAACAACCUACCAUCAAAACCAACAAAUAAACAUCAUCAAAACAAUACUAACCAUCAAAACGUAAAAAUUAUCAGAACAAUAAAAUUACCAUCAAAGCAAAACCCAAUCAUAAGUGGUGCUUCAGAUUUCUGUACAGAAUUUUACCAUGAAAGAACUUUUUUUUAGUUUUUAACUUGAGACUUUCUUUUUUAAAAUGUACUUGUAAUCCAAAAGGGUGGAAACUUUCUACAACUGCUGAACAUUGUAAAUUACCAUGUAAAUAUCUCACUGAAAAUAAUGCCCUGGAAUAGAACAUCUCAAAUGCUGCUUAAUUACAGACUCAGGUUGAUUGUGUGUUAUUCAUGUAAUGUUACUCCAAGUUAGACAUCUGGUGCAAGAGAGACCAGGAAACCACGGAAUUAUAAAAAUUGCAACUGACAGUCUGUAUAUUUAAUUUAAAGACUUAUUUAAAAUUUCACAAGCUCUCAAAUAACUAGAGUUUUGCAAGAGCUUCAUCUUUUUUCUGUGAUGUCUGACACUAGAAACUAAUUUACUUCACAUAUUUAGUUAUAUUCAAGAUCUGAAGAAAAUGUUCUGGUUUUCAACAGUGUGAAACAUACUGAUCAGAAUAUACUGUUCUGAAUGUAUCUCAGACUAUUUGUAUACUCUCCCAUAUGUUUUUAUUACUUUUUUUUUUAUAUAGUGUCACUUGUCUUGACUUAGUCUCAGUUGUCUGUUUUGUCCCGCUAAAGUUUCUAGUUACAGACAAAUUCAUACUGUGAUUUUUAUUUUUAUUAUUAAAUGCUAUCAAACUGUGAUGCACUUAUUAUUCACUGGUCCUGCAUCAGGAGAUGAGUGGGGAACCUGUAUUAAAUACAGUUCAUCUGAAUAAUCUGUCUGGUUUAUACAAGCUGUGUUGUUCAGAGAUGUCUAAACUUUGAUCUUUGUUUUUUUAAAGAUAAAAAGCACUUGCCCCACUGUAAAUAUAUAGCAUGUAAAAUUUAUAUAGUAUAUAAAUACAGCAAAGUUAAAAUGGG